GCGGGCGGAGCGCGGCGCGGGCGCGGGCGCGGGCGCGGGCGGUUUUGAAUCUGUUCCGAACGCGGGAAACAGCGGACCCUGAGGGCGAGAAUAAAUGCCACAUGAAACACGGUUCAUCUGGCAUGGAAAAGCGUGAGACAUUUGUACAAGCGGUGUCCAAGGAGCUGAUUGAAGAGUUUUUGCAAUUUGUUCAACUUGCUGAAGAUGCUUCUGACCCUUUCAACCUAAAUGAAUUACUAGAUGAAUUAUCAAGGAAACAGAAAGAAGAGCUAUGGCAAAGACUCAAGAAUUUACUCACAGAUGUGCUGUUAGAGAGCCCAGUGGACGGGUGGCAGACAGUGGAGACCCAGGCUGAAGACAACAUGGAGACAGACCAUGGUUCAAAAAUGGUAGUUUUGAAAAGAAACAUAGAAAUAAUUCAUGCAAUUACAUCUGUGAUUCUUGCUUCUGUAUCUGUAAGAAAUGAACAUGUAAACUAUGAGGCCUUACUGGAAUGUACUGUGAUACUCAAUGGUAUCUUGUACGCGCUGCCUGAAUCUGAACGGAAGCUGCAGAGUUCCAUUCAGGACUUGUGCGUUACAUGGUGGGAGAAAGGCCUGCCUGCCAAAGAAGACAUGGGGAAGACGGCUUUCAUCAUGCUGCUCAGGAAGAGCCUCGAGACAAAAACAGGAGCAGACAUAUGUCGGCUUUGGCGUAUUCAUCAAGCCCUAUAUUGCUUUGAUUAUGAUUUGGAGGAAAGUAGAGAAAUUAAAAAUAUGCUACUUGAGUGCUUCAUUAAUGUUAAUUAUAUGAAGAAGGAAGAGGGAAGAAGAUUUCUUAGUUCUCUCUUCAAUUGGAAUGUAAAUUUUAUUAAAAUGAUCCAUGGGACCAUUAAAAACCAGUUACAGGGAUUACAAAAAUCUUUGGUGGUACACAUCGCAGAAAUUUAUUUCAGAGCUUGGAGAAAGGCUUCAGGGAAAAUCUUGGAGGAGAUUGAAAAUGGCUGCAUCCAGGACUUCAUGCACCACGGGAUUCACCUGCCGCGGAGGUCCCCAGUGCACCCCAAAGUGCGAGAGAUGCUGAGUUAUUUUCACCAUCAGAAGAGAGUUCGGCAGGGAGUGGAAGAGAUGCUUUACAGACUAUACAAGCCCAUCCUAUGGAGAGGAUUAAAGGCCAGAAACUCUGAAGUCCGGUCAAAUGCUGCACUGCUAUUCAUUGAAGCAUUUCCUAUCAGGGAUCCAAACUUCAACGCUAUUGAAAUGGACAGUGAAAUUCAGAAGCAGUUUGAAGAGCUCUAUAGCCUUUUAGAAGAUCCUUACCCGAUGGUCCGUUCUACAGGGAUACUCGGGGUUUGUAAGAUAACGUCCCAGUACUGGGAAAUGAUGCCCCCCACCAUUCUGAUUGAUCUCCUCAAGAAAGUCACGGGGGAGCUGGCGUUUGACACAAGCUCAGCUGAUGUGCGCUGCUCGGUCUUUAAGUGUCUGCCAAUAAUUUUGGAUAACAAAUUAAGCCACCCGUUAUUAGAACAGCUUUUGCCAGCAGUAAAAUACAGUCUCCAUGACAAUUCGGAGAAAGUGAGAGUGGCUUUUGUUGACAUGCUGCUUAAAGUUAAAGCUGUGAGAGCUGCUAAGUUUUGGAAAAUAUGCCCCAUGGAGCACAUCUUGGUUCGUCUGGAAUCAGAUACCCGGCCUGUGGCUCGGCGUCUGGUGAGCCUCAUCUUUAACUCCUUCCUGCCCGUGAACCAGCCGGAGGAGGUGUGGUGUGAGCGCUGCGUCACGCUGCUGCAGAUGAACCACGCGGCCGCCCGCAGGUUCUACCAGCAUGCGCACGAGCACACGGCCUGCACCAACAUAGCAAAGCUGAUGCAUGUGAUCCGCCACUGCUUGAAUGCCUGCAUUCAGAAGGCCAUCCGAGAGUGUGGAGAGGAGGACGAGGGCCGGGAGAAGGAGAACGUGAGUGUUCUGGACAAAACCCUGUCAGUAAGCGAUGUUGCUUCCAUGGCUGGUUUAUUAGAAAUCGUUGUGAUUCUCUGGAAAAGCAUCCACAGAAGUAUGGAGACCAACAAGGAGGCCAGAGUCUACACCAUUGACAAGUUUGCUUCUGUGCUCUCCGAGUACCUGAAAGUGUUUCAGGACAACCGCUGCAAGAUCCCUCUAUUUAUGCUGAUGUCGUUUAUGCCAGCUUCUGCUGUGCCUGCGUUCAGCUGUGGUGUGAUUUCCACCUUAAGAAACCAAGAGGAAGGAGCAGCAGACAGGAGCUAUUGCACGUUGUUAGACUGCCUCUGCUCCUGGGGACACGUGGGGCAUGUGCUGGAGCUCAUCUGCGACUGGCUGCCAGAGGAGCAGCCCCAGAGAAAGAGCAACUCAGCAUCUAAGCGGAAAGUGCAAAUCCAUGACACACACCCCGUGAAGCCUGAGUUGGCGUUGGUUUACAUGGAGUAUUUGCUGACCCACCCCAAGAAUCGGGAGUGCCUGCUCGCUGCUCCCCGGAAGAAACUGAACCACCUUUUGAAAGCACUUGAAACGUCAAAGGCAGAUCUGGAAUCGAUGCUGCAGUCGCCAGGUGGGCAGCCUCACCGCUUCAGUGAAGCUGCUGCCCUGCGGGCCUUCAGCCUCCACUGUCGCUUGAGCAUCCACCUUCAGCACAAGUUCUGCGCAGAAGAAAAAGUGUCCCUGUCUGUUUUGGAAGACACUGGGUUUUGGUUAGAGAGCAAAGUUUUAUCUUUUAUUCAAGAUCAAGAAGAAGAAUAUCUGAAGCUUCACAGGGUGGUGUAUCAGCAAAUCAUCCAGACCUACCUGACGGUAUGCAAAGAUGUCAUUAUGGUUGGCCUUGGUGACUGUAAGUUUCAGAUACAGCUUCUGCAGUGGAGUCUUGCAGUCAUGCACACAGUGAAGGGAUUCUUUUACGUCGCGUUACUUCUUGGCAUUCUGAAGGAGGUAACCGGGAGUUCCUUGAAGGAGAAGACAGAUUCAGAUGAAGUUGCAACGCUGUUUGACACGGUCCAGAAAGUCUUUCAGAAGAUGUUGGAAUGUAUGGCGUGGAGCUUUAGGAAGCAGCCUGAAGAAGGCCUGCGGCUCCUGUAUUCUGUUCAGACUCCUCUUCAUGACUUUAUAAUGACCGUUCAGUCUUGGCAUGCGGACACGCCGGUUCACCGGGGUGUGCUGUCCACUCUGAUUGCUGCUUCUGUCGUCGAGAUAAGUCACCGACUGCGCAAGGUUUCUGAUGUAGAAGAGCUUGCCCCUCCAGAGUGCCUUUCAGACCUUCCACCGUUUUCAAGGUGUUUAAUAGGAAUAAUCAUAAAAUCUCCGAAUGUGGUCAGGUCAUUUCUAGAUGAAUUAAAAGCGUGUGUUACGUCUGAUGAUAUUGAAGGAAUUGUAUGUCUCACAGCUGUUAUGCAUAUUAUUUUGGUUAUUAAUAAAGGUAAACAUAAAAGUUCAAAAGUGCAGGAUGCUGCAGCCACUGUUCACAGAAAGCUGAAGACAUUUAUGGAGAUAACUUUGGAAGAGGAUAGCAUGGAAAGAAAGCUGAUCUUAUCCACCUCCACGAGGCCGUGGCUCUGGCUGUGUUGGACGUUGUCCCUCAUGAGGGAAAUAAGCUUGUGACGUGAGUGCUGGAAGGGGUGCGCACCCGUCAUGCUUAUGAGUCUGCUGUGUAUCUGAGCAGUGGUGGAGAGCCUCAGAAAUUAGAGCACUUUCGAGUAACAAAGAGCCCUCCUGUGGUAAGCACAGCCAGUGAGCACGUUUGAUUGAGUAGCAGUGUUUUAUCUGUGCGAAGAGUUCCGUGGGACCCCUCAACUGGUUGGCGUGGGAAACGGUGACAGCGGCUCCAUUUACUGCCGGCUUGUCCUUCUGCCAUGAGUCUGCUACGAGGCCUUGUGAUAGAGUUUUCGUUUUGCGUGAGGAACAGUGAAACAGCUACUGGUUAUUUCAACUGUCUUUUUAAGUAUAUUUGGUUACAAACCAUUUCUAGAUUGAUUUUGUGGAAACGUACAUGUAGGUAAUUUGGUCACUAAUUUCUGUAGCUAAUUAUUUCUUUCCUUGUGUUUCAGAUUUCUCUAUGAAUCGUCAUCAAGAACUUUGGGGGCAUUUUUGAAUUCAUAACCAAGCCAGCAUCUCUGAUCAUGUAGAAAUAGAGAAAAAGGACUUGCAGAAAAUGAAAUGAAUGUGUAUUUUCCUAGUGUUUUUAAUGUUAAUAGCCCAUAUAAUAGAGAAGGGGCAGGAUUUAUUUGAGGGAGGUAUGAGUAGGAAGCUCAAAGGUGGUUAAAUUUUUCCCGGUGCCUACAAAGUAAUAUAUUUAACGUAAAGGACUCCAGACAUCAAUGGUGCAGAAACCCAUGGUGCAAAGAAAAAGAGACACCUUUCCAGCAAAUCCGUUUGUUUUUAAAAUGACUUUUAUAUAUAUAAUGUGGCUUGCAAACUGAGUAAUAAAGCCGUAGCAACAUCUCCCUAUACACUUUACUUCAAUGUACUAGCCUGCGUUCUCCCCUGAGGGGCAGGGCUGAAUUCUGGGGUACGCCUGUCUUCAACAGCAGAGGGUGCAGCCGUGCGGGCACAGGAAGGCCACAUGUAGGAUCCUGGAUCCCUCUCUUCUGGCCUGGAGGCCGAUUGCCUGGGUAUGAGAUGGGCCCGUGGCUGUAAGUACCAAUAACACAGAGCCCAGUCACUCAGCUCAAAUGGAACCCCUGUUACUUUAACUUUUCUCUCUGAGGCUGAUGUGGUAUGGACGGAGGACUGGCCCCAGGCUUCCUGGCUGCCUCAUCCGGGCCCCAUCUCGCCCACCUGGUUUACCAGGAGGUGUCUGCGUUCAUCCCUGGUCCUGUUGGCCACCAUCCUCAGUCAUGGCCCGUCAGCAUCCUGGGGCCUGGGAGGCCACCUUGUGACAGACGGGGAGGGAUUGCCUCCAUUGCAUGCUCAUUCUGUCCUCAGCCCCCAAGCAAAACAGCAAAGAAACGCCAGGUUUUCAGGGCCCCUGUUUCCCCAGGAAGGUACAGAAACAGACUGCUUCCUGCAGUUGCGCACCAGCCCUAGGGUAGCUGAGCAGAGGGAGCGAGGCUGCGUACUUUAGGUGCUUGUGAGCAUGCGACUGCCGUGUUCUGUGGGCUGUGUAAUGUGUCUCCCUGGUUCUGGGCCAUGUUUGAAUUAGCAUCACGAGUAGCCGAGCCUCAUGAAGUGGACUGAGGGGUGUCUUCCUGCACUCCUUGGGGAUUUCUGUGAGGUCGGAAGUAUUGCGUUGUCGGAAAAGUCAUGAUGUAUUUUUUUCUAUGUUUUUCAUUGCAAAAAUGCGUCGUGGCUUUUCCGACAACCCAAUACUUCCGUGGGAUGUUGUAGUAUUCAGCUCUAAAACUGUAUGAGCUUGGGGUUUUUUUUGUGUGGGAAGAGGUUAGUUUUUAUAAUUUAUAUAUGAGUUGUUAAGGUGGUCAGGUUUUCUCUUUUUUGUCAGCCUUGAAGGGUGAAGUAAUCCAAUUUGUGAAGAAACACAGUUCAGUAUUUAUUGGGCCAAAAUAGUUCAUAAAGCCCCCCUGUGGGCAUGCACCGUAGAACCCCUGGGAGUGUGCAGGGCAGACACAAGCACAACUGCUCAGGGUCCGCAGCAGCGACACGGGACCUGGAGUCCCUUCAGUGGGAGGGAGGGUGGGCAGGGCGCUGGGAACCCACCAGCUCCACGUUACCUGGGGGGCGGGGCACUCGGGCAUGACAGCGAGGGAAACGCAGGUCCUAGGAUGGUGUGACUCGCUUAUUUCAAGUUUAAAAACGUGCGAAACAACACCAGUAUAGUCAUAUGCUCAGUAAACACGGAAAAGAUGAAAACAAAAUCCAGAACCUGAUUAUGGGAGGGCAGCAGGGGAGAGCACGCAGGCUUCUGCUAAGGUAAUGGUAGAAGUCUGUUCUUUAAACUAGAAAUAGGUACUUGAGUGUCUGUUAGUCUCUGCCUUACAUGUUAUACAUAUUCGUUUGGAUAGUCUUUAACAGAAGCUUAAACAAGCAGAUUUGAGAAGAGAGAAAAUGUACACACCUUUGAGGAAAGAUGUACCAUCAGCUUGGGGACGCCUGGACCCGGCGGUGAUGUGAACACUCCUCCAGGCCAGCUCCUGGGGCGCAGAAGAGGCGGAGGCCACAUGCAGUGAAGGUGCCGGAACUGCUGUGCAGACCAUGGAAGGGGCUCACACAGGUGGACGUGCUGGUGUGGACAGUACGGAAGGCCACAAAACCCACUGCAGGGCCGUGUCCCAUCAGAGGGCACACCACCCACAGCAUCCACAAGUCGGCUCUGGGGUCAGGGUGGCUCCCCAGCUGACAGAAGGACAGGUCGUUAUGGAACUGGGCUCUCUGAUGGCCAUGGAAUUACAGGACCCUGCACAGCAGGACCAGCUGGUGGCACGUGAACCUGAGGCCGGUGGGUGCAGUGACUGAAGACCGCACGGCCAGGGGGCCUGUCCCUGCCCGGGCAUUACGGAGGGUCCUGGAUGCAGCAGACAGACCUGUGGGCAGCGAAGUCGGAUCGGUCUAUACCAUCCAAGGAAGUCCAGGACAAUGGCCAGAGGCUUCAGGGAAGCGGCCCCAGCAAGAAAUGGCCAUCGUUGUCCAGGUUCUAGGUCUGAGACUCCAGAAACGUGAGAGAAUAAAUUUGUGUUGCCGUUCCA